GUCUGACCGCCUAUGCUUUACCUUUAUAUUUAUCUUGAGCAAUAAAUUAUGCAGCUGACACGCUGCGAAAUCGCAACAAUGGAUUAAUCCUUUGAUUAAUCGAUCCUCUUCUUUUUUUUUACAUCAGCUGACAGUAAUAGACUCCAACAUUAAAUUACAAUAAAUAAGAAUCUUGACAAAGAUAUCCAAAGGGACUUUAAAGUAUGGAUGUCAAAGAAAAGAGAAUAAAAACAUUGACCAGUAGUAAUCGCCGCGAAAUUACUGCUGUGAAAGAACAUUUUAAAUCUUUGCUGCCAACGUUGACACCGGUCCAAGUUAGAAGACACCGCAAAGAGCAUUACGACGCAGUGGUCCUAGAACUACAAGAAAAAGAUUUAAGAGACGUAGCAGAUUAUUUACAAGAGCUUUUCCGUCUGGACGAAGAAGCAAGAGAGAAGGCUGGUCGUGGUACAAUAAUUUGGAAAAGACCCAGACUCAAACAUCAAAAAGAAUUAAUUGAUCGUCUGAGAACAGGCUUAGUAAAGUCUGUAGAAGCUCGAACAAAUGGACAGCCAAUAACGAGUGCAGCAGCCCUCUUAGAAACUGCGUUGUACUUCCAAUCGAGAACUUCAGAAUGGUGGUGGGUAGCUGAACAGCUGUUUCAGAGCUCACUGCUAGUUGCUGAGAAUAUUGAGGAAUUUGAAAAUCAGACUGUUACCGUGAUACGUUAUCUCUAUGGACGUUUUUUGGUUAACGAAAAAGAGAAUUCACAAGAUGCCCUGGACUAUCUGAAUAGUGCAUGCGAGAGUUCAAAAGGCAAAACUUGGAACACGUCGAAGAUCUUAGGUUUCAAACAAGAAAACCUAUUCCGUGAAUGCUCUACACUCUUGUACACAGUUCUCUUGAAUUUAGCGAAGCAACACCGCAAGGAGGAUCCAGAAUUAGCUGCGGAAACUUGUCAGAGCGCAUUGAAAAGAGCCAUUGAUUCUGGACACGAUGGAUAUAUCGCUAAUGCUCUUUAUGAACUCGGCAAGACUCAACGAUUGGCGAAAAGAAUGGCGCAGGCUUUACAAAGUUUAUCAAAGUUCCUUGCGAUAACUACGAGAAUACCUGAUCCUGAAGGUCUUUGCGAUGCUCAUAUGGAACUGGCCCUAGUCUACAAAGAAUUGGAUGACGAUUUCAACACGACAAAACAUCUUAGAAUGCUGAGAGAGUGCGCUUCUAAAUAUGAACUGUCUCAUAAGCUUGCACAGGCACAUUAUUAUACUGGGGAAUAUUUAUUAAAUCGAGGUCAUCCGAAUUUGGCUACAACUCAUUUGGAGUACGCUUUUACACUCUACAACAGUUUCGGCCUUAUGGACGAGGCUGAUAGGGCUCGAUGCAUAGCUGGGAUCUCAAAAGGCCACGAGACUAUCGAUCGAUAUAAUGAAUUGAUCUGUCUCUGCGGACGGAAAGAUGUAACUGCGAUAUUGAGUAUUUGUCAGUGGAAAAAUAGUAGAACGCCCUUUUGGACAAUCCAACAAAGCCCAGAAUCGAAUUCCGGGCAGGACCUUCACGAAGAGGAAAAUGCGGAUGAUAAGCAUGGAUCUCAAAGAGAAGAGAAUGUUAUCAGUGAUAAAUCGGAGGACAUCACUAAUAAAGAAUCCGAUACAUCAACCUCGCUUACAUACCACGAAGAUGUUCCUGAUAACAAGGAUGAAUCGUUAAUCUUAGAAUAUCAAUUAGGAAUUUUUCCCGGCUAUCAGCAGUUUGUAAUACUUUCGAAUUUAAGAUCUCUGUUUAGUGCUGUUAGUACAAUGAAGAUAUUUCAGCAGAAGGUUAUCGUGGAUACUACUAAGCAAAUCAGUCGAUUAUUAUUACCGCGUUACUUCACGAACGAAACAUAUGAAACUAAUGGAAUAGAAAAAACUUUGAAUCAAGUGACUCUCUUAGGCCGGGUAGGAUCAGACCCACAGAAACGCGGUACUGAAGAACGGCCUGUUAUUGUUUUUUCUCUAGCGACCCACUUCAAUUACAAAUAUGACAAUGGAGAGUUCAAGCAGCAAACUGAUUGGCAUAGGGUCUGUGUCUUCAGACCCAACUUAAGGGAUACUGUAUAUAAUUUCAUGAAAAAAGGUCAGCGUGUAUUAAUUAAUGGAAGAUUGAGCUAUGGAGAAGUGCCAGAUGAAGCUGGUAAAACCAAAAAGCUUACAGCUAUAAUAGCUGACGAUGUGAUUUUCUUUCAUCCAUCAUAGACAUAUAGCCAUGCACUCAUUUUUAAUAUAAAUAUAUAGUGUAUAAAAAACUUGUAAAAUAAAUUUUAUAAUUCAUAUUUAA